AUGACCCAGCCAGCGCCCAGAAGGGCUUUGGUAGAUCUGGACAAUAUCGAGUUCUACCGGCCCCAGCCCUUAAAAUCGCAACAGUCAGAAUCUGCUCUUCUUAUCCCCCCGAUUCUUCCGCCCCUCUCUAUCCUCCCAGGUGCGGCUGCCCGCAAAACCCUCCCUCGCGGCGAUAGUGCUCUGCCUUUUCACCAUCCUUAUGGGUUGGAUUCUUCAUGCAGUCCUGCAUCGCUCAAUACAUUUGAUGUCGAGUUGACCAGGUGCGCCAACGCAGCAUCACUAGCGACAGAUUCCCAUACGGUCAACGAACUCACGCAGGGAGAAACCGGCAACGAGACCUUUGAUGCCUCCACUUUCUCCCUGGCUUUGUCUCCCUCUCUCUCCAGCCUCCCAAAAACAACAGAUCUGCCUGGCCCCUUUGGAAGUACAACAAGUCGAGAAGGGAUUAGGGUCUCUACAGAGCCCGACAGUCAUUUAUGCUUUCCAUCUUCGGACUUACAGGAGCGGGAUCAGCCCCGAGACAUACGGCCUUGCGGCUCACAUGACGAGCCCAGCGUAAGCUACGGGCGCUGUUCAAAUAUCCCGCACCACGACAACCACAGCAUAAAUAUGUGCGGGACUCCCCCGUCCACCCAUAUAGCACAGACACAGAACGAUGUAGCCAGCAAGCCUCUCGGGGAGCGAGAAAACGAUCGGGUUGCUUUGGGCGAUGGCCCACUGCAGCUGAAGGAAAACAUCUUAAUGCCAGCCUUGAGUCAGGGGGACCCCCUUCUAAACGAUCAACGACUGCCUUCGAUCGGUGUGGUAGGCUCUGGCCCAGAAAACCAACGCCAUUCAGACUCAGGUAGUUCCCUUUCCGCGGAGUCAAAGAAAGCAUCAGUUCGUCAGAGAAGUCCGAUGCCUCGUCGCCAGGUAGCAGGUGUUACCCCCAGUCCAGAACUCCCAUCCACAAUCACAAAGCCGCCCCGGCGAAAGUCCUUCGAAGUUGCCCAUGCACGAAUUGUUGGAGGGAGAAAUCGACCACGCCGCAACUGCCAACCGGACGUUGAUGUUGUUCAGCGUGACCGCCAUCCUGACUGCUCUGACCAGGAGGAGAGCCCGCGUCUCACGAAGAGACGUAAACGUGCAAUUCGACCCGUGGGAACAUUGACCAACCGUACAUCUUCCGGACCUUCCGGGAAGUUGCGACAUAGCUCAGCGUCCGCGCAGUCAGCAAAGUCUUACGGCAGUCAAGAUAUUUUUGGGCAUGCCAUCCUUACUGUCGAGACUCACGCGUUGGGGACCUCGUAUUUUUUCUCUUUCGAGCCAAACUCACCAAAUGAGCUCAACGCACCGCGAUUUCAGUUCGCUCAUGACGAGCCGCGCCGCCUGACGGCCCCUUCAUCCACGCGCGGUGAUAUUCAACCCCAUCGAAGAGCGAGAAUGGGAAGUGGAGCAAAUCUUGGCGUCACGGAUCUGGAGAGGAAAACUGCAAUAUCAGGCUCAGUGGAAAAGAUGUGA